AUGACCCAGUGCUCUUCCGAGCUUUGUAUGCUUUUGAUAGAGGACAAUUUUGGAGAACUCUUCGCGCGCAUUUUCACCGUCCUCCAGCGCUAUGAACGACUUACACUCCCCCGGUUAAAGUUCUAUUCUCGACUGACUGAUCGUCAAUUGCACCAUGGAAUCUCGGCUAUGAUUCAACACCACCUCGUUUACCACUUCACCUCCCUCGAUGACGGUAACACCUACUAUGAAGCCAACCCGCAAGCCGCAUACUCCCUCGUGCGGUCGGGAAAGAUCCUCCAGCAUGUGGAGAGUCGAUUGGGAGAAUAUGCUGCCCAGGUAUUGGAAGCUAUUAUGUUCCUCGGCCACACCUCGAUCACCCACCUCGAGACUCUUCCCCAACUUCAACCAAGCCAACCCCUCACCAAUGGGGUCGACCAUGAUGAAGAACAGCCAGAGACAAAUGGGGACCAUGAGGAAAAGGCCGGUGAACCCAACGGCAAUCACGUUGUGAGCCAAAAGCCGGCGCGACUUCACCCCACACUCAAGAGCCUUGCAUCCCACGGAUACAUUCACCGGGUGCGAGAAGCACAUUUCCAGAGCCCCAAUGAUAACUGGCUUGAUGCCCAUCGGAUUAUUUCUUCCCGGCCAGACGUCAAACAAAUGAAGGGCAAGCAGCAACAGGCCGAGAUUGAGGAGAAGGCAAAGAGCAUGGUCAAGGAACGAACGGAAGGAGAUCUUUCCCGGGGUCUCAUGUUCAAUGGUCUUCCUCAAGGUGUGAAAAGGAAGUUUGGCAGUGCUUCGGGCUCGAAUAACGCGCAGAAUGGUACCAACGGCGUCAACCGGGAUCAUGCAGAGGACGAAGAAGACGACGAGGGAAAUGAUUGGUCAGAAGAUGAAGAUGGCAUUGACUCCUCUCCGAUGGAUUCUAAUCUCAUCGUUCGAGUGAACUACGAGAAACUUGAUGUGGCUCUUCGGAACGCGCAAUUCCUCGAACUUGCUAGACAAUGUGCACCUCCCGCCUCACUCGAAAUCUACGACUGCCUUCUUCGUCGCAUUGAAUACCAAACGCCCCGCUGCCGAGAGACCUACGAGAUUCCUCGGGAAGGAGAGGAAGGAGAACAAUAUUCUGCUCCGAUUCAGCUAAGUGCCAUUGUCAACGACGUUGAUCCGCAACUCGACCUCGCAGGAUGUAUUGGUCCAAUGAAUCCCACAUCUGCGUCGAACCGACGGAAACGACCAUUAGAGGAUGAGACAAAUGGCGUUAAUGGCGAUGACUACGAAGACGAGUCGACAGAGCAGAAUCGUGCCUAUCAGAUUGAUCAGCACCUUAGUUACCUCUCACAAGCCCCCUUCAACCUCACCACAAAACACAAUAUCGGUGGACUCGACACCUGGAGAAUCGCAUUUCGUGGCCUGGCUCGCAAGCUGCGCCACCUAGAACUGGAGCGAAUGAUCGAGUCGCGGUACGGCGAUGUAGCCCUGCGAGUGAUCCGUGUUCUCCAUGCGAAGGGUAGAUUAGAUGAAAAGCGACUCCAAGAAAUCAGUCUGCUACCAUUCAAGGAUUUGCGUCAGACCCUUGCCAGUAUGCAAACCGGCGGUUUCGUGGACUUGCAAGAAGUGCCGCGUGACGCGCAGCGACAGCCCUCCAAGACCAUCUACCUGUGGUACUAUGACCCAGACCGAGUCUGCAGCAGCAUUUUGGAAGACACAUACAAGGCCAUGUCACGGUGCCUGCAGCGCAUCAAGUUCGAACGCGAGCGCGAGAGGGAUUUCCUCGAGAAGACGGAGCGAACUGAUGUCAAGGGCCACGAGGAGGAGUUUCUGUCUGAGGCUGAACUAGAGCAUCUCCGCAACUGGAAGGCCAAAGAAGCCUUACUGCUGGCGGAAGUCUCGCGUUUGGAUGACAUGGUGGCUGUCUUCCGCGAUUAUUGA